UAAUACUUUACCGCCAUUUUCCGCGUUCACAGCAGCGGUGGUUGCUGUCGGCACUCUCGUACAAUGUUGUUAAUUACGUAGUAUUUUGUGGUUGUUUGGUCCGCCCCUGUGAAAUAUGAUCACCAAGAGAGAGGGAAGUCGACAUGUAUAUCAGACAAAUUAUUAUUCAAGGGUUUAAGAGUUAUCGAGAGCAGACUGUCAUAGAUCCUUUUGACCCACGACACAAUGUAGUUGUUGGUCGAAAUGGCUCUGGCAAGAGUAACUUCUUCUAUGCUAUCCAGUUUGUAUUAAGUGAUGAAUUCAACCAUCUUCGAGCAGAGCAGCGACAGGCCCUCCUCCAUGAGGGUACUGGCCCCAGAGUUAUUUCUGCUUUUGUGGAGAUCAUCUUUGAUAAUGCUGAUGGCAGGAUACCUAUUGAUAAGAAUGAGGUGUGCCUGCGCCGUGUUAUUGGUGCAAAAAAAGAUCAAUACUUUCUCAACAGAAAAGCAGUUACUAAGCUCGACGUGAUGAACCUCUUAGAAUCUGCAGGGUUCUCACGUUCAAACCCCUAUUACAUUGUCAAGCAGGGCAAAAUUAACCAAAUGGCCACUGCUCCUGACUCCCAAAGGUUAAAACUUUUAAGGGAAGUCGCUGGAACACGUGUGUAUGAUGAAAGAAGAGAAGAGUCUAAAGUCAUUCUUAAAGAAACGCAAAGUAAGCGAGAAAAAAUUGAAGAGUUUCUUCGGACUAUUGAGGACAGAUUGCAGACACUGGAAGAAGAGAAAGAAGAACUGAAAGAGUAUCAAAAGUAUGACAAGAUGCGUAGAGCACUGGAAUAUACAAUUCAUGACCGGGAGCUCAAAGAGACUAGAAAGAAGUUGACUGACAUGGAGAACCAGCGGAAAAAUUCUGGAGCAGAACAAGAGCAGUAUAGGCAACAGCUUCAGAAGUCUCAGGAGUCCAUUAAGACGCUGUCUAAAGAAAUGAAAGAUGUUAAGUCCAAACUGUCACAGGUUAAAGAAGAGAGGGACACAUACAAUAUGGAACAACAGCAACUCUUGAAAGAAAAGACAAAACUAGAAUUCACAAUAAAAGACUUGGCAGAUGAGGUUCAAGGAGACAACAAAUCAAAGGAAAGGGCAGAGAAAGAAUUACAGAAACUUCGAAGCACAAUUGCCCAGAAAGAGGCAGAACUAGAAGCCAUUAGACCCCAAUAUGAAGAAAUGAAGGCUCGGGAGGAUGAAGCGCAACACGAGUUGUCCAUGAAAGAUCAGAAACGGAAGGAACUUUAUGCCAAGCAGGGAAGAGGCAGUCAGUUCACGUCUAAAGAACAACGUGACCAGUGGAUCCAGAAGGAGUUAAGAUCGAUAGAACGCGCGAUGGGUGAAAAAAAGGACCAAAUCAGGCGGCUUGAUGAAGAGAUAAAUCGAGAUGGGGAACGGAACAAAGAAUUAGAGAAACGAUUACAGGAGCUAUCCACAGACACAGAAAACUACAGACAGAGUAUUGAUGAGCACAACAAAGUUUUUUAUGAAAUGAAGAAGAGAAAAGACCAGUUACAGAGUGAGAGAAAUGAACACUGGCGUAAGGAGAACAAUCUGCAGCAAAAUGUUAGCUCCCUUAAGGAGGAGUUGUCAAGGGCAGACCAGUCCUUACGUUCUAUGGCUGGCAAGCCCAUCUUAAAUGGUCGUGACAGUGUUCAGAAGGUGUUGGAUACUUUCCGAGAUCGUGGUGGUCACCUGGGAGAAAUUGCUACACAGUAUUAUGGUCUUCUCAUCGAGAACUUUGAGUGUGAGCGAUCCAUCUAUACUGCUGUUGAAGUUACUGCAGGCAACAAGCUCUUCCAUCAUAUUGUAGAAUCAGACAAAAUUGGCACUCAAAUACUGAAGGAAAUGAACAAGCAAAAGUUGCCUGGUGAAGUUACCUUCAUGCCUCUCAACCGGCUCACAGUAAAAGACAUUGAUUACCCUCAGACUAAUGAUGCCAUCCCGAUGGUAAGCAAGCUGACUUACUCUCAACGCUAUCAUAAAGCUCUAAAAUAUAUUUUUGGCCGUACUUUAAUAUGUCGUAAUUUAGAAGUGGCUACGCAUCUUGCUCGUUCAACACGGCUCGACUGCGUUACUCUCGAUGGAGAUCAGGUGUCAAGUAAGGGGUCUCUAACUGGUGGGUAUUUCAACACUUCACGGUCUCGUCUGGAGAUCCAGAAGACAAGAUCAGAGUUGAGAGAUCAGAUCACUUCAGCUGAGACUGAGCUGAGAACUUUACAGGAUACCUUGAGAAACACAGAGCAAGAAAUAAACAAGAUUGUCUCAGAAAUGCAGAAAACUGAAAUAAAAAACAGCAAAGCCAAGAACUUAUUUGAGAAGGUGAAGACAGAUAUUCGUUUAAUGAAAGAGGAACAGUCAGGUCUUGAGCGCACCAAGCAGCCUAAGGAGCGAUCACUGACUCAGCUGAAAGCAAACUUGGAGGCUAUGAUGGCCACUAAGGAGGGUUUGGAAUCUGAGCUGCACCAAGACCUCAUGGCCACCCUUAGUGUUCAGGACCAACAUGAAGUUGAUCAGUUGAAUGAUGACAUUAGACGGCUUACUCAAGAAAAUAAGGAGGCAUUCACCAGACGCAUGAAACUAGAGGCAGACAAGAACAAGCUGGAGAACCUUCUUACAAAUAAUCUUAACAGAAGAAAGGAUGAGCUAAUGCAGGCACUGCAAGAAAUCUCUGUAGAGGACCGUAAGCGUCAGCUGGAACACAGCCAAAGUGAAAUCCAGAGAGUUGAUGCCCGAGUUGAAGAGGUGGCUGUACAGUACAAGGAGGUUGAGAAGAAAGUUGCUGAACAUCAAAAGAAAGAAAAAAGUUUAAAAUCUGAAUUAGAAAAGGUGAAAGCAAAAGAGAAGGAAGUAAUGGAGAGAAUGGAAGAAGAUGCUAAGGAUUUAGAGAAAAUGGCAUCAAAACAAAAUCUUCUGCAUCAGAAGAUUGAUGAAUGCACCAAAAAGAUAAGGGAUUUGGGAUCUCUUCCUUCUGAAGCCUUUGAUAAAUAUCAGAAUCUAGCAACUAAGCAACUGUUUAAGAAAUUAGAAGGUGCUAACAUGGAAUUAAAGAAGUAUUCACAUGUUAACAAGAAGGCCCUGGAUCAGUUCAUAUCAUUUUCUGAACAAAAAGAGAAGCUUGUGAUGAGGAAAGAUGAGUUAGAUAGAGGGUAUGACAAGAUUAAGGAACUUAUGAAUGUCCUCGAGCACCGUAAAUAUGAAGCCAUUCAAUUUACCUUCAAACAAGUAUCCAGAUAUUUCAGUGAAGUCUUCAAGAAGCUAGCACCUCAAGGACAUGCUCAGUUGGUCAUGAAAAAUAAUAAGGAUGAUGAGAGUGAGCAAGAAGAACAGGGUACAGUGGAUAACUUCUCUGGGGUUGGUAUCAGAGUAUCCUUUACUGGACGAAAUGCAGAAAUGAGAGAAAUGAAUCAGCUUUCAGGUGGUCAGAAGUCUCUUGUAGCUCUUGCUCUUAUUUUUGCUAUUCAAAAGUGUGAUCCAGCACCAUUCUAUCUCUUUGAUGAAAUUGACCAGGCUCUUGAUGCUCAGCAUAGGAAGGCAGUGGCAGAUAUGAUUCAUGAGCUGAGUAAAGAUGCUCAGUUUAUCACAACCACUUUCAGACCGGAAUUGCUGGAACAUGCCAACAAAUUCUAUGGUGUUAAAUUCAGAAAUAAAGUUUCCCAUGUGGAAUGUGUGUCAAGAGAAGAAGCAUAUGACUUUGUCGAAGAUGAUCAAACUCAUGGCUAGGUUGUGUUUUAUACUGUGAGGCUAUUAAGCAGUGGCUGAGUGAGAAGCUUCAAAAAAAAAAAAACUUAACUAGUAUGGGAAUGAAUAUUUGUGAUAUUCAAAAUAUUUUUAGAAACUUUUCAUAGAAUUUGUUACCUUUAUUAAAGACAUGUACAUAUAUUACAAGUGAGGCAAAUAAAGUGUAAGUCUGUGGUUUGGAUGAAACGUUAAUGAUAAAUGAAAGUGAUAGAAAGACUUGUAAAUAUUUAUUUUCAGCACAGGCAUUGGCUUGCUUGAAAAUAGGAUCUGUACAAAGUAAUUAUUUUCUACAAAUUUAGAUAAUUUUCUAAUAUGUGUCAAUAUAAUGAAAUAUUAAAGAAAGAAAGCACUUUUGUUAAUAUACUUUAAUUUGAUUACUAUUAAUCUACAUUAUUUUUUUAGAUUGAACCUUUUUAAUGAAUGGAAGAAGAAUUUUUGUUUGCUUUUUUUUUAUUUGAAUUUAUUGUCAUUCCUAUUUAGUUAAAUUUUUGGAGAUUAUUAUUAAACUUUUAUGAUGAGUGCAAGAAUAUGAGUUUUUAUUAUUUUAUAUGGCCAAAUUAAGGAAGUCACAGUAUAUGGAAGGUGCUUUAUUAUUUUGUAAUAAAGGAUAAAACAUA